UCAUGACAUCCGUCCAGAGUCAGGAAGAUCUUGAGGCACGUAUAGCACGCAUCAAGAAACGGAAUGAGGAAAUUGAGAAAAAGUAUCGCGAGGCGGAAGAGGAUCGGCUGCGUGCAAUGAAGGAAAACGCCAUGGUGGAGAUAAAACCGCCCAAGGACGAUGAUUGGCCACGGGAGCACAAGUACGAUAAGAUCGAUUUUAACUACGAGCUGGACGAAAACACCCUAGCACAGUUGGAAGAGAGAAAGAAGGAAAAAAAUGCCUUCAUCCAAAAGAUAGCAAAAGAGUAUAAAGGAUUUGCGGAAGGCGAAGGACCACCUCCGGAUCCGGCGUACAGUUUUCUGGCCGAUGUAGAGCGUGAUGGUGAGAAAGUGGGUGUAACGGGUGAUGCUGGUGGUAGCCCAAAUGGUAAUGCAGCUAUACUCACUGGUAAUGGUAGAAGUCCACCUGCCAAGGGUCAAAUCGAUCAUCAUUUUGAUCGCCGCAAUCCAAAUAACCGAAGCGGACACAGACAAGGUGGAGGCGGAGCACUGUCCGGUCAAAGUGGAGGAAGAAUGAGGGGAGGAAGUAAACCACAGCAUGGUCAUCACCGUGAUCAUCAUCACCAUCAGCACCAGCACGGUGGUGGAACAAACAUUCAGCGAUCGUUUUCGACAAACGAACAUGAUGGUUGGCGUUCGGCAACAGGGGAGCAGCAGCGACGGAAUGCUCGUGGACCAACUACGGUAAUCCACGAAGGGCAUGGGAAUUGGAGGCGCGGAGAACAUUACGAGGGGCACGACAACCACCGGAGCAAGGAUGAUAGCGGUUUGCUACACACCUCUGCCAAGUUGGAACCGAAUCUGACGGUUUCGAUAUCACGCGAAGGCGAGUUUAAGAGUGUAAAAGUUACAUCUCCUCCGAUUAUAGGGAGCGGACGAGUUGGGCCUCGUCAGGCAGCGAAGCCCCAAUUUCAGUUUCACACCGGUCAAGGAGAUCAUCCGCAUGGUCAUUUGCCACUUACCAAUUCUGCUACUACUACCAGUACUACUGCCAGUGCGGGCCGUAAAGAGUCUCACCAGGGAGAUCAUUUUAAUCGCAACACCGUUGGCCGUAAGUCGGACCGUGGUGGAGAAAGUGCCAAAAAGACUGGACCCGGCGCAAACUCCUCUGGCAAAGGGCAACCUAAAAGUAGCAGUGUGCAGGAUCGGUUGAAUCGUAACCGUACGCUGGGUGUAACGGCAGCAGCACCAGCUGUAGCACCAGGUAGCGAUAAGAAUGACAACUUUAUUACACCCAAAACGAAUUCAUCGCAACCCAUCGCGUCCGGUGCGGCAAAGGCAACGCUGAAGACCAUCUCGAAAAUUAUUGAAAAAAAUGCGGAAAUUGAUGAAAAACUGGCACGCGAACUGGCGCGGGAGAAUGAAAAGUUGGCCACGAAGGUAAAGGAACUACGCCUACAGCAGGAGCAGUAAG